CUUUUACAGCUCAGCAUCACGAUGCGUAAAUCCACAGGUCUGGUGUUCCACAGAAGCAUUAUCCUGUCCAUCUGAGCCACUUGUGUAAACGAUUUGAGUCACAGCUCCACUGAAAGCCUGCUUGAAAAAUGCCUUUCAAAAUAGAGCAGCAGUGAACUGGACCAGAGCCACAGUAAAGAUGAAUGAGUCUCAUGAGCUUUUCUAUCAGGAGGAGGUGGUGAUGGGUAACUCCACAUGGGCAUACACUUACUAUCACCAAAACUACACCCUGCCUCCUCCACUGCUACCAGACAAGAGGAGCACCUCUAAACCUGCAGCAUGCGAGCAGGUCCACAUUGCUGUAGAGGUCUUUCUAAUCCUGGGUAUUAUCUCCCUGCUGGAGAACAUCCUGGUUAUCACAGCCAUAGUAAAGAACAAGAACCUCCACUCACCCAUGUACUUCUUUGUCUGCAGUUUGGCAGUAGCAGACAUGCUGGUGAGUGUGUCCAAUGCCUGGGAGACCAUCAUCAUUUACCUUCUGAACAACAGACAGCUGGUGGUGGAAGACCACUUCAUCCGGCAGAUGGACAAUGUGUUUGACUCCAUGAUCUGCAUCUCUGUUGUUGCGUCGAUGUGCAGCUUACUGGCCAUCGCUGUGGACAGGUAAUCAGGGAGGGAGGGAGAGAGGUGUGUAUGGAAAGAUGUAUGUGGUAG